CUCAAGAGAAUAAACAGUCUUUGGAGAAAAUGUUCCUUUUCUUGGCAUUCAUCUCAGCAGUUGCCCAAAAUGUUACAGAAAAUAAAGUAGAAGAAUUCCAUGUAGGGGUGGUACUUGAUUUGGGUACAACAGUAGGCAAGGUAGCACAUACCAGCAUUUUAAUUGCUAUCGAGGAUUUCUAUGCUGUCCAUCCGAACUACACCACACGGAUCGUCCUCCACAUUAGGGACUCCAUGAGUGAUGAUGUCCAAGCUGCAUCUGAAGUUCUUGACUUGCUGGAGAACUACAAAGUCCAAGCUAUAAUUGGCCCACAGAAAUCGUCUCAAGCUGUGUUUGUAUUAGCUCUCGGAAAUAAGCAUCAAGUCCCAAUUAUAUCAUUCACAGCAACAAGCACAUCUUUAUCUUCCCGUAGACUUCCAUAUUUUGUUCAAGCAACAGCGCGUGACUCUGCACAAGUGUGCAGCAUCGCUUCCAUAAUCAAGACCUAUGGAUGGAGAGAGGUGGUGCCCAUCUAUGUUGACAACGAUUAUGGUAGAGGUAUUAUACCAGACCUUGUUAAUGUCCUUGAAGGAAUAGAUGCCCAUAUUCCUUAUCAGAGUGCAAUAGAUGAAUCAGCAACAGGUGAACAAAUUACACAAAAACUCUACAAGCUGAUGACAAUGCAAACAAGGGUCUUUGUCGUUCACAUGUCGUACUCCUUGGGCUCCCUCUUCUUCACAAAAGCAAAAGGAAUUGGCAUGAUGAGCAAAGGAUUUGUUUGGAUAAUAACAGAUGGACGAGCAAAUCUCAUAGAUUCCCUAAAUCCUUCGGUAGUGGAAGCAAUGAAUGGUGCCUUGGGGGUUGAGUCCUAUGUCCCUAAAUCAAUAGAACUUGACAAUUUCACCAUGAGAUGGUAUAUGAGGUCCCGAAAUGAUCAUCCAAAUGACCCAACAUUGAAAUUAAGCAUCUUUGGACUAUGGAGCUAUGAUGCGAUCUGGGCAGUAGCACAAGCAGCAGAAAAGGCAAAGAUUACUGAAGAAAAAUUUCAGAGAUCAUCUGCACUGAAAAACUACACAAGUUCAAAAACCUUAGAGAACUCAAGAAACGGUCCAACAGUCCUAAAGGCAAUUUUGCAAACUAAGUUUCAAGGCUUAAGUGGUUACUUUGACCUUUCAGAUGGACAACUGCAAGUUUCCAUGUUUCAGAUAAUAAACGUAGUUGGAAAAGCACAUAGAGUAAUUGGGUUUUGGAAUGCACAAAAUGGAAUUUCGCAGCAGUCAGAUCAAAGGACAUCAAACACGACAUACAGCGCCACACAUAAUUUGAAUAUCGUGAUUUGGCCAGGAGAAUCAACAGAGGUACCAAGAGGCUGGAAAAUUCCAACAAAUGGGAAGAAGCUUCGAGUUGGCGUCGUCGCAGGUGCAGGGUAUCCAGAAUACAUAGAUGCCAACGAAGACCCUCUAACAGGUGAAAUUAAAGCAAGUGGGCUUGCUAUUGAAAUAUUUGAAGAGGCAGUAAAGAGACUUCAUUAUGCACUCACUUAUGAAUAUAUAGUAUUUAACACCACAGAGAAUGUAAGUUCAAGCUAUGAUGAUUUUGUCAACCAAGUUUACCUUAAGGAGUAUGACAUAGCAGUUGGAGACAUAACAAUUAGGUACAACAGAAGUUUGUACGUCGACUUCACUCUGCCAUACACUGAAUCAGGGAUAGCGAUGGUUGUUCCUGUCAAGGAAAGCGUACACAUGAAUGCAUGGAUUUUCUUGAAGACACUGACACCUGGCAUGUGGUUUGGGACUAUCAUACUCUUUAUCUACACAGGCAUUGUGAUAUGGUUAUUGGAGCUUCUAGGCAACAACAAGAAUGUCCAUGGUCCAAUUCCACGACAGCUAGCUACAAUGAUAUAUUUUUCAUUGUUUGAAGAGAAAGAGAAGGUGAAACGCCUUACCUCUCGGAUCGUAUUGGUCAUAUGGCUGUUUUUCCUUGUAGUACUUAAGUCAAGCUACACUGCAAGCUUGACGUCCAUGCUAACUGUGCAGCAGCUCCAACCAACUGUAACAAAUGUUGAUGAACUCCUAAAAACUGGACUAGCCGUUGGGUAUGGACGUGGUUCCUACAUCAAGAGUCUUUUGGAAGAACUCGGUUUUGACACAUCAAAGAUCAAGCCCUAUGACACCCCUGAAGAUUAUCACAAUGCACUUUCCAUGGGAAGCAAGAAUGGUGGUGUUGCUGCCCUUGUAGAUGAAAUCCCAUACAUCAAACUAUUUCUUGCAGAGCAUUGCAAGGGAUACACCAUGGUUGGGCCAAUAUAUAAGACUGCGGGUUUUGGAUAUGCAUUGCAGAAGGGCUCGCCCUUAGUUGGUGACAUCUCACAGGCAAUCCUCAACAUAACAGGUGGAGACACCAUGAUUCAAAUUGAGAAGAAAUGGAUAGGAGAUCAAAACAACUGCCAAAAUGUGGGCACCAUCUCUGGAACAGAUAGCCUCACCUUUGACAGCUUUGCAGGACCCAUCAUCGCCACUGGAGUUGCCUCGACCACUUCUCUUGUGAUAGCCUUGAUAACCUAUUUCUGCAAAAACAAACAAGCAGAACCAGAAAAUGGUGACUCGGAACAAAUCUUGCCACCUGAAACUGGUGGAGAUGAAGAAAGACAGUGCCAACAAGCAGCCAGAGCCAGAGGGAUGCAUGGACAAAUAAACAAGGCUAUGCGUGAUGGUUCGCUUGUCAUGUGCAGAGGUGAAAGGAUUCAUAACUCGUGGGUAUCAAGUUCAGCUCGAUUUUAG